AUGGCGGAAGUCUCCGAACCGGCAAUCGCCGAAACAUCUCGGCCGGAAGAGCCAGUAUCGGAAUUCGAUCCCAAAUCCAUGCGAAAAACAAAACCAGGCCUCAAGCGCCUAAUCCUAACUCUCUCAGUUCUCCUCUCCUUCCUCCUAGGUUUCCCCUUCCUAUGGAAAUCAGUCGAAAUCUACCGCGCACCUCUCCCCUUCCGCGAAAUCGACCACUUCUCAGCUCAGCUCGAUUCCGCUCCAUUACUCUUCCCCUGUCACUUCCAAGCAAUACUUAUCGGCUUCAACUCCAAACCAUCCAUCAGCUCAGAUGAUCUACAAUUCGCCAUUUCCGAUUUGACCUCCCAAACGCCGCAAUGCGGCGCUUGCAGCGCCAGCUACACAGUCUCCGUCUCCGUGGACUCCGACGCCAUCUGCGCCGUCGAUUUCGAUAGCGACGAUGAGGCUGUUGAUGAGCUGUUGGAGUCUACGUUGGGAGGUCCCGCCGGUGAGAGGAAGGUGUACAGCGUGGUGGUGGUGAAUAGGGACGAGGAUGUAAGGGCCGUCGUCGGGAAGUAUCGUCACGCUUGGAUCUCCGGUAGGGUUUCGGAGGCGGCGGCAUUGUCGAGAGCGGCGGAGAUUUUUGUUAAGGUGUUUGUCAAUGGCGGGAAGGAAGAAGGAUUGAUUCAUGGAGAGUUUAUGCCUGUUGGUGCUGAUGGUAGGAUCGUGCUUUCCUUCAAUUUGCUAAAUGCAAAUCCAAAUGAUGGAGUUUAUGAUUGGGAAUUUCAGAAAAUAGAAGAGACUGUUUUGGCCCCAGUAAUUGAGGCAUUAAGACCUGUAGCAAACAUAAGCGUGGAAAGUCAAGUUUUAUACCAUACACCAAAGUUCUCAUUUUCUUACUGGGAUCAUAAGUGGAGCAGCUACAUCUUUAAUACCAAGGAUCUUCCUUUCUUUGUGAAUUCAAAUGAGUGGCACUUGGAUACUUCCGUUGCAGCUGGCGGGAGAUCAAAGAUAUUGCACUUUGUGGUCUAUGUACCAUCAGCGGACGAGUGGCCUCUUCUCCUACAGCUUCCCAAUGGAGAAGUUUCUAAGACUAAUGGAUUCAUCUCUCCGAUGUGGGGAGGUGUUAUUGUAUGGAACCCAGAAGAUCCUGGGGACACUCCAGAUAGUAAGCAACCUGUCAGACAUAAAAUAUCAUAUCAGGAUCUUCAGAAAGUUUUUGAAGUUUCCAUGGGGCAAUUGCGGCAACUUUUUGGUCUCAAAUCUGAUAAUCUUUUUGUUGGCUCUUCUGGCACAUCCAGGCUUUUAGCUAGUGACAGAGGCUUCACUCUCUGGGAAUUAGAUGUGUUGUCACGGCAGCACACAUGUUUUAAUCUUCAUUCAUGUGCUACCACCCUUGGAUCCCUUUCCAGACUGGUUCAAUCACUACCUAGGAUGAUUAUCAUGGAUGAGAUUGGAAAGCAGGUACAUUAUUCUCUGGAGGUAGCAAAACUGGCUCAAGUUAAUGCCUCACUUGGAGUUUAUGAUGCUUCUGCUGUUGCUUCCCGGCAAGCAAGAUCUCUGGCAGAGGAUGCGUUUUAUCACCCAUCAAUUAUGUCUGUCAGCUAUUACUCGUUUGAGCACUGUUUCGCCGUCUAUUCGCCUUUCUUUCUGCCAGUUUCGAUGCAUGUUCUUCUGGCAGCGUUAAGAGAGUGGAGAAGACACAAGCAAGAAAAUAAAAAGUACUUGGCAUGGAAGACCAAAAUAAAUAAAGCAUCUUAGAUGGCCUCAUUAGCCUGUUCAAUGUUUGAUUUGGAGAAACGCCGUCGGAUAAGAAGAGGCAAGAGAUCUUGAAAUGUAUUUGUGUAACAUUUCAGGCUUAAAAUCACGAUUAACAUUUUCAGCUCACAAUUUUGAUAAUUAUCUUUUCCAUAAAUUAAGAGAGGUGCUAACUUUAGGACUGUAUUGAGGCUAAACAUUUUGUUAAAUAGAAAAGAAAAAAACGACUGGAUUUAAC